AUGCCUCAGAACGAGUACAUCGAGGAGCACAUCAAGCGGCAUGGACGACGGCUCGACUGGGAGGAGAAAAAGCGAGUUCAAAUGGGUAUUCCAAGAUUACGCAAAAAGGCGGCGCGAACCGCCCACCGUGCAUCGGCAGUGGCUCAAAAAAUGCACGGUCUAAAGGCCAAGCUACUGCACGCCAAGCGGUACUCGGAAAAGGUGCAGAUGAAGAAGACGCUCAAGGCUCACGACGAACGAAACGUCAAACGGCCAGAUUCUGGCACGGUCCCAGAGGGAGCACUCCCCACAUACUUGCUCGAUCGCGAGGGUCAAAAGGACGCAAAGGCAUUGUCUUCCGCGCUCAAGCAGAAACGCAAAGACAAGGCUGCCAAAUAUGCCGUGCCGCUGCCCAAGGUUCGAGGGAUCGCCGAAGACGAAAUGUUCAAAGUGGUUCGUACGGGAAAGUCGAAAGCAAAAGCAUGGAAGCGCAUGGUUACAAAAGCCACCUUUGUUGGAGAAGGAUUCACGAGAAAACCAGUCAAGAUGGAACGCUUCAUUCGCCCGAUGGCACUACGAUACAAAAAGGCCAAUGUGACCCAUCCGGAUCUAAAGGCCACCUUUCAGCUGCAAAUCAUGGGCGUCAAGAAGAAUCCACAGUCGCCCAUGUAUACGCAGUUGGGUGUACUCACCAAGGGCACAAUUAUCGAGGUCAACGUCUCAGAGCUCGGCAUGGUUACAACUGGAGGAAAGGCCGUCGUGGCAAAGUAUGCCCAGGUCACCAACAACCCAGAAAACGAUGGUUGCAUCAACGCUGUUCUCCUGGUCUAA